GGGCGGCGCGAUGCGGCACCUGUGCCGGGGCCGCGUGCUGGGCAUCUCGGUGGCCAUCGCGCACGGGGUCUUCUCGGGCUCCCUCAACAUCCUGCUCAAGUUCCUCAUCAGCCGCUACCAGUUCUCCUUCCUGACCCUGGUGCAGUGCCUGACCAGCUCCGCGGCGGCACUGAGCCUCGAGCUGCUGCGGCGCCUCGGGCUGGUCGCCGUGCCCCCCUUCGGCCUGAGCCUGGCGCGCUCCUUCGCGGGGGUCGCCGUGCUGUCCACGCUGCAGUCCAGCCUCACGCUCUGGUCCCUGCGCGGCCUCAGCCUGCCCAUGUACGUGGUCUUCAAGCGCUGCCUGCCCCUGGUCACCAUGCUCAUCGGCGUCCUGGUGCUCAAGAACGGCGCGCCCUCGCCGGGGGUGCUGGCCGCCGUGCUCAUCACCACCUGCGGCGCCGCCCUGGCAGGAGCCGGCGACCUGAGCGGCGACCCUGUGGGGUACGUCACGGGCGUGCUGGCCGUGCUGGUGCACGCCGCCUACCUGGUGCUGAUCCAGAAGGCGAGCGCCGACACGGAGCACGGGCCGCUCACGGCGCAGUACGCGGUCGCCGUCUCCUCCACGCCGCUGCUCGUCGUCUGCUCCUUCGCCAGCACCGACUCCAUCCGCGCCUGGGCCUUCCCCGGCUGGAGGGACCCGGCCAUGGUCUGCAUCUUCGUGGCCUGCGUCCUGAUCGGCUGCGCCAUGAACUUCACCACGCUGCACUGCACCUACAUCAACUCGGCCGUGACCACCAGCUUCGUGGGCGUGGUGAAGAGCAUCGCCACCAUCACGGUGGGCAUGGUGGCCUUCAGCGACGUGGCGCCCACCUCUCUGUUCAUCGCCGGCGUCGUGGUCAACACCCUGGGCUCCAUCAUUUACUGCGUGGCCAAAUUCCUGGAGACCAGAAAACGAAGCCACUACGAGGACCUGGGGGCGCAGCCCGGGGGCGAGCAGGCGCCGCCGAGCCGGGACCGGCUGCCGUUAGUCCUGGCGGAGCCGCCCGCGGAGGGUGGAGGUGGCGGGGCGGCAGGUGGGGCGGCAGCAGGUGGCCCCGCUUGGCGGAGUGGGCCGGAGGCCAGGGGCGGCCCCGGGGGAGCCCUGCUGGGGGCUCGGGGCGCGCGGGGCGCGGGCAGCCCUGAGGAAGCGAGCAAGAGGUCGUUGAAGGAUGCUUACCUCCAGGUGUGGAGGCUAGUUCGGGGAACCAAGUACACGAAGGAGGAUUAUUUGAUAGAAAAUGAAGAGUUACCCAGCCCUUGAAAGGAAAUGCCUGUGUGUAUAUAUGUACAUACGCUUAUUUUAUAAGAGAGAGGGAGCAUAUUUUCAUGAGGGCCGUUCAGUUUUAUUCUUUGAGGAGUGGGGAAGGGAAGCAAGGAAAGGAGCUGAAACGGACUGGCAGCCACAAAAUGAGCGCCUGUGUGAGUUACUCAGCGUGGGGUGGCC